UGCUCCUCCUUCAGAAUCCAAAAUGACAGCUAUAAUGCGAAAGAGAGCAUUUUUCUCAAUCGGUGGAUGUGAUUGCUUUCUUUUUCUCAUCAGGGGAACCCUCUUCGUUCUCCUCAUGCUCUGGGUAUUAUGGUCCUCAGCGAACCAACUCGCCAUAACCCUCCUUGGCCACCCCAAAAUCCCUGACUCAAACACCAACACCACCACCUUUGAUGUUGUCCAUGACAAUAAGACCUUCUACGAUGAUCCAGAACUAAGUUACUCCAUCGAGAACCCGCUGAGCAAUUGGGACGAGAAGAGAAGCCAUUGGCUACGGCUUCACCCUUCAAUCGCCGCGGGGGCACGUGGCCGUGUCCUCCUCGUCACAGGGUCGCAGUCUUCACCGUGCAAAAACAGGAUCGGCGACCACCUACUCCUGCGGUGUUUCAAGAACAAGGUUGACUACUGCAGGAUCCACGGCUGCGAGGUGUACUACAACAACGUGAACCUGCACCCCAAGAUGAACUCUUAUUGGGCCAAGCAACCGGUGAUCCGGUCCGCCAUGAUGGCCCACCCGGAAGUCGAGUGGAUCUGGUGGCUGGACUCCGACGCCAUAAUCACUGACAUGGAGUUUAGUCUUCCGUUGGGCCGUUACAAGGACCACAACCUUGUGGUUCACGGUUGGCCCAACAUGGUGUAUAGUGAGAGCGAGAAUAAAAGCUGGACCGGGCUUAACGCCGGGUCGCUGCUCAUCCGGAACUGUCAGUGGUCCAUGAACUUGUUGCACUCAUGGGCCAGUAUGGGCCCAUUGACUUCCAACUAUGAGAAAUGGGGGAGAAUCUUGACAUCAAUUUUCACGGACAAGCCUUUUCCUUUACCAGAUGACCAAUCAUCUUUGAUUUAUUUGCUUGUUAGGCAGAGAAGAAAGUGGGGUGAGAAGACUUACUUGGAGGGAGGGUAUGGUUUGGAAAGCUAUUGGAUUGGUAUGGUGGGGAGGUUUGAGGAGAUUAAUGAAGGGUAUAAAAAGGUAGAGGUGGGAGCAAGGGUUUUGAGGAGGAGGCAUGCAGAGAAGGAGAGUGUUUUGUAUGGUGAGUUGAGAGAAGGUUACUUGAGAAAGAGAGGGUGGGACUGGCUGAGUGAAGAGAGGAGACCGUUUGUGACACACUUCACAGGGUGUCAGCCAUGUAGUGGGGAUCACAACCCGAGUUAUGAGGGGGAUACUUGCUGGAAGGAGAUGGAGAGAGCUUUGAAUUUUGCAGAUAAUCAAGUGCUUCGUAACUAUGGCUUUGUGAGGAAGGAUCUUUUGAGCUCAGAUGUGCAUGAAGUUCCCUUUAAUUUUCCUAGGUAACAUUGUGAAAAGGGCUUCUGUUUUUCACAGCCAGCAAGAGGUGGAAAUGGCAUUCUUAUUUGAUGUACAACCUCUUUUUCCUGGUGUGGAGAUACAACCUUAUUUGAUGCAGAACCCUUCAUAAUUCAAUUACUGUAAAACUAGCAUGAACCGGGCCUAAUCAAUUUACA